AUGAGGACUCUCCCUAAAAGCAAGACUUGUGAAGUGUACUUCGUCUCCGGGCAUGGACGUUCAAGCUGCUCCGCUGCACAGGUGAGCCAUUUUUAUCACAACCCCAAAUGAGGCUUUGCUUUAUAAUGAACCACUUUCUCUUUAUCUCAACCUUUCCUCAUCAGUUGGGUCUUUAGACUUGUGUAAAGUUAUAAAAAACGGAGUCAGUCAUUGUUCCUCUUAAUUGUAAAAUCCGUCUCUAAGGGUGUGGGGGGUCUCUUUCCUCUGAAUGUCCGAGUCGGCGUGAGCCACUUGAUUGAGUGCUGACACCGCAGAGCCAGGCCGUGGGAAAGCAGACUCUCCAGCCACGCUUUGUCUGCUCCCCCGGGGAAUCCUGCCAAGCCCUUAAAUGUUUAAGGAGAUCCUUUCAGCUCAAAGAUGCUCACGGUUACUCUCAAUAAAUCAGAGUCUGCUCAGCCAUUAAAUCUGUCUCAUUGAUUUUGGCAGAUUUUCUUCUCUGCCCCCCUCUGCUGUGCUCUCAUAAAGCUGAAAGCCAAAACAAUUAGAAGCAACCUGAGCAGAAACCAUAAAUGAUAUUUGAGUCAUGUUCUUGUUUCUUGAAGGGAGAGGGGGAGCUGAAGGAGCCCACCCAGUCACAGAGCCCCCCCACGAAGCUGGAGGAGAAGGUGGAGGGGGGGCAAGCUGCAGCCUGUGGCUCUUGGAGGAGAUGGAUGUUAGGUCUGCUGCCUUUCUUUCCCUUUACUGCCGCCAUUGCACUCACUCUCCACUUUUUAACGUGUGAGUAUACAGACCUGCUUUUAAUUUUACUCUCAGACCUUUCCUUACAUUGUGUUUAUUUUGACUCAGAUUCACCUGUCUCAAUCCCCCUCCUCCUCCUCCUCAGCUCCGCCCUCUUCAGUGUUCUUCCUCGGUGGCUGUGUGGAGUUCCCAAACUUGAGCUUCACCUCAGAGCUGAUUGACUCCACCUCCCCUCAGUUCCGCCUGCAGGCUCAGGCUUUGAACCAUUAUGUAAGUGGGAUGCUGGAUUUCUAUGUCACUACACCAGCUACAGGUGCCUCUCUGAAUCUGAUCAUGCUCUUAUUUUGGAGGGUUCACUAAUGCAGGCUGUUAGUCAAUAUUUUCUUAGACUUUCCAAACAAUUCUGCCCCUCUGCGCCUCUAUUCUUGUCCUUAUUUGCAUCCUUUUUAAAAUUCCUUUCUUCUUUAUCAGCUCACUCUUUCUAUUUUUUCUUCCUGCACACCACUUUCUCCAUUUCUUUGUCUCUCUCUGGUGUUAAAUGUAAAGCUGAAACCAGAGCUGGGCACUGUGUGUGAGUGUGUGUCUGUGUGUGUGUGCGUGAGUUCCCCCAAACCCCUUGGGACAGGGCCCUUUCAGGGCUGAGGACAAGCCCGGUAUUUGUGAGCCCAGCUAGGCCCAGGCAGCAAGAGUGAGAGGAAGAGCAGGCCUUCAAUAAAAACAUUGUCUGUGUGGCUUUCACACAAUCAGCUGCUCUGUGCGCUGCACGCUACAGAGAGGAGGAGAACCUCGGUUUGAUGGGGCUGAGAGGGAGAGACAGGGCAGUAGGGCAGGACGGGACGACGGGAGGAUCGGGGACAGAGAUAUGAGAGGGGGAAUUUGGGUUUUGGAGGAAAAGGUCAGACACAUGGCAGGAAGUUAUUUGCAGCGUUUGUUCCAAAGUUGAUGUCACUAAAUCCUUAAAAAAGGGCAGUAAACCGGCGUAAUGUCCCUUUAAUCAGCUGUGAGCUUUCAGGCUUGUUAAGUGGACAUAGUAUCUGUGCGGCCAUCUGUUCAUUAAAGAACAAGUGAACUCAAGGCCAGCAGCCCAUACCACCCAGGUCCUACCGCUACAUGGCCGGCAGGUACAGACACAAAGGAGCUCUGUGCUGCUCAAAGUCAACAUACACACAAGCAAGGUUUGAUACACUCUCUCUCUCUCACACACACACACAGAAACACACACAGACACACACACUAGAACAAUGCUUUUGAAACAGAGCUCAGGCCGCAUUAUCAGCCAGGCGUGCUCAUGUGUUACUAACACAGUAACGCUGACCUCACUUGCACCGCUGUGAUGUCACACCUACACUACUGUACAGUAUGUGCGUCAGUGCGUCUCUUUGUCUGUUGAAAACAGUUCUCAGAGCUCUACGAGUCCUCGCCAUGGAGCUCUUACUACCUGCACUCAGGGAUCACUGCCUUCAGGUAUGCUACACCUGCUAAUGAAGCGUAACUCAUUCACAAGAGUAUGAGAGCAGCAUACUCAGCUGUGUUUUACAACCUUUGUCUGACAGUGAAGGAGCAGAAGGGCUCAACGUCUUCUACUGGAGUCAAUUCUCCGUCCCGGAUGACGUCGCCAUGGAGAUCAGGGGGUCCAGCCCAGAGAGGCUGCAGCGAAGGCUUCCAGGCAGCAACAAGGUGCUGCGAGACAGCCGCUAUGAGCAGCGCUAUUACAUGGAGCGAGAUGACGACAUGCUCCACCUGCUGGGUACAGACUGUGCACAAACAUUAACCGCAUGCAGACAGUGUGUGUGUGAUUUUUACAUCCCAACUUAAGCCCUCUGCUUUUUUUUUAGCAUGAUGCAUGUUAGCCUCAGACAAUAAGAGCAGAAACUUGAAAAUCAGGCUAAAAUAAGCAUAUUACAACAACUUUAAUGCUAUUACCUGGUAAUAACUGAAGUUGUCCAGUUCCAACAGCAGGGGUUUUGCAAGUAUGCCAGUUAAUUUACUUAUUCAGAACUUUAUUUCCUAUGUCACACUAUGGGAGCAUUUUUGCCUUUUAUUGAUUUAUAGGACAGAUGAGGAGAGACCGGAAAUGCAGGCGUAGAAAGUUGGGAAUGACAUGCAGCAAAUGGUUGUGGCCAGAACACAAACCAGCAAAUGUAGGGAUGAGGGCAUGAGUGCACACUUAAACCACCAGGCCAACCGUGCUCUGACAUUACUUUUUUAAAGCACUGAAAUUCUGGUUGUACUUUGUAUUCUGUACUGAGGGUGAGGCGGCAGUAUUUGUGAAUCAGAGGAAAAUUAGGUCUCCGAAUGUGGUUUCAGGUAUUUGUACCAUUCUCCUGUGUACUUUGACUUCUGUGUGUUUGUGUGUGUUUGUAGGUUUAGACCCUGAUGACUUUGAAUCUGAUGAAAAAUCAGACAAGAGUAAGAACCCAAGCAGCAUCCAAAGUGGGAAGUGGCAACUUGGUUUCCAAGGUGAGUUUUGCAUGAGUCUGAUUCAGUUUAUUCAUCUAAAACAUCUUGAAUCCACUAGUUGGUGAAUGAUUAGAAAAGAAGGGAGGAUAAGUCUUUUUUUUUAUUUGUGUAGAUUUGUGUUUUUUUUUUGGUGGCACUCGCUCAGAUAUAUUUCCAUUACUUCUUCUGCUUAGCAAUGUCCUUUGACCUCUAUGCCAAAUAUGGCAACAACCGCACCCUGAGCCUUGUGAGUCCAAAGAAGCCAUACUAUCAGUGGCGCCUUCGCGUGCCGUCAGGUCAUGUGGUUCGACUUGUUGUCCUCACCCUGCAUGGAGCCACCCCAGGAAGCUGCACCGCACACAAGCUCUCAGCCUACGACUUCUUGCUCCCUCUACAGAACAAGAUCAUCGCCAGGUAAAAACUUUUCAUUGCUCUUUUAUCCAUGCGGUAUUUUCUAAAACAUUCACACUGAUCUUUGUAAAAUAUGAUUCACUUACAUCAUUUCUCCAGGUGGUGUGGGCUGCCUCUUUCAGGUUCAUCCCCUGUCAUGAAGUUGACUUCCUCUGGGAAUGUGAUGUUGGUCACCUUCUCCUUCAGCAGACAGAGGGACGGAGCCAUCUUCAAAGCUUACUUCCAAGCUAUCCCAAAAGCAGGUUUAGUGUUUUGAUGAUAAAACAAAAUCCUGCACAGUACCUCAGAAGUGAAAAAGCUUGUGUGAUGAGUUGAUGUCAACAAAGACAAGAGCUUCCCUGGUGUCAUUGGGUAUUUCUGUGUAUAUGUAUCUCCCCCUGCAGGUUGUGGAGGGUCAAUUACGUCCUGGAACGGCUCUAUUUCCUCACCCUACUAUCCUGCCUUUUAUCCUCCUAAUGUGGACUGUACCUGGACAUUAAGGGUGAGCAAAAAGCACGGGAAAGAAGUGUAAACCUUACCUGCUUAAUUUACACUCAAGAUUCCAGCAUAUGAACUUUUCUCAUCUUUUCUCAUCUUAUCUGAUUGUCUAUCAGGCACCGUUACCUGGAUACCUGAUCUCAUUGACAAUCGUGACGAUGGACAUUCAGGAUUCAUCAUCAGACGGCUGUGAGAAAGACUGGCUGGACAUCGGGGGGUUGAGGUAAGUUGUGAAGCUGAGCUGUGACCCACUUUUUGAUCUCCUGUACAUUUUUAGGUUUAAAACGUUUUUAAAAUCCUCUUAUUAUUUGCUGCAGUUAAAAGAGAAAAUCCUUUUCGUUUUGCUCCUCUGUUCCUAGACUGUGUAAUCCAGUGUCAGACAGCAGCAAAAAGAGGGUCUACUCCUCUCCUGUCUCGCUCCACUUCCAUUCAGAUGAAUCUCUCACUCAUAAGGGCUUUUACUUGCUCUACCGAGCGUUUUCACCAGAGGGCAGUAAGUAAGAUCAUUUCCUCUGCUUGAUUUUAAACUGCUCUCCUUUGAUCGAACUGAAACUGUGUUUUCGAAUUUACUUAGAGUCAAUUUUUGUCUAUCUCUAGCCUGUCCUCGUCAGUUUCGCUGUGGGGAUGGGCGCUGUAUUCCUCUGAGAAAGGUGUGUGAUGGAGUAAAAGACUGCUCGGAUGGACGAGAUGAGGCAAGAUGCUGUAAGUCUUUUGCAAACAGUAAAAGUGCCGUACACUUGACACAUUAAGUUUAUUAUUCUGAACAUCGGGGGUGCCAAUGUUUUUGUUUUCUCUUUUCCUGUUUUCAUACAAACAUGUCCCAGCAUCCUGCAGGCCAGGUGAAGUAAUGUGUGGGAACGGACAGUGUCGGCCUCACAGCAGCCAGUGUGUGAGUCAGAGUACCUGCCAGGACAGCAGUGAGGAGGGAACCUGUGGUGGGUGGACAGUCACUAUGGAAACAUAAGCAUGAACUGUUGUGUAUUUGUAUUUGUAUGAUUCAAGCUCAUGUGUUUGAUUUCAGGAGGCAAAUGUUACCACAUAUGUCCCAACAAGGUCUGUCUGCCCAAGUCAUCGGUGUGUGAUGGUGUUAUUGACUGCAAAGAUCGCAGUGAUGAAUUCAACUGCACAAGAGCAUGUGAGUAUUUUAUCGAUGGUCACACCCACAGAUCAAUUUUAGGCUAUUCUUUUAACAAUAAAAGUUGUAUGUCAUCUCUAUUUUACCUGUAAUCUGUUUCCAUAUCCCUGAAUAUGUCUUGAAUUCUUCCUAGACAUCAAAGGCUGCUCCCCAUCCUCUUUCAAAUGUGCCAACGGCAAGUGUGUCAAUAAGGUUAACCCCGAGUGUGAUGGCAUCAAAGACUGCUUUGAUGGCUCAGAUGAACUGCGCUGCGGUUUGUUUACUUACAGAGUUAAACUAUAAACCUCCAAUUAAAAAAAAAGUCAAACUUUUUAAAGUGAAUUGUGUUUUUUUUUUUGUCUGUAUCUCCUUCCCUGUCAGGCUGCGGCACCAGGCCCAGGAAGCGUACGAAGAUAGUGGGUGGCUCUGAUGCUGGAUCGGGGUCGUGGCCAUGGCAGGUCAGCCUGCAGAUGGAUCGUUACGGACACGUCUGUGGAGCUACACUGGUUGCUAGCCGCUGGCUCAUCUCUGCAGCUCACUGCUUCCAGGACUCAGAUGCAAUCAAGUAGGAGAGCUGCUCAAAGGUGUCACAGUGAUCAUCAUUAUUCCUGCGGACUCAUGGAUUUUCUGUCUGCAGAUACUCAGACGCCAGGGCGUGGCGGGCAUACAUGGGGAUGCGUGUGAUGACCACAGGAAACAACGGUGCUGCAACAAGACCAAUCCGCCGCAUAUUCAUCCAUCCACAGUAUGACCAGUUCACCUCUGAUUACGACAUCGCCCUUCUGGAGCUCAGCGCUCCCGUCUUCUUCAAUGACUUGGUGCAGCCUGUGUGUGUCCCUGCACCCUCACACACCUUUACAACAGGGACCAGCUGCUACGUCACAGGCUGGGGUGUCCUCAUGGAGGACGGUAGGAGCAGUUAGAUAGACUACAGUGAAAGUAACUGAGAGCAUGAAGCACUCCUCUCUUUUUUAACAUUAUUUUGCAUAUGUCUUUGAUUUGAUCCAGGUGAACUGGCCUCUCGCUUACAAGAGGCUUCAGUGAAGAUCAUAAACAGGAACACUUGCAACAAGCUGUAUGAUGAUGCCGUCACUCCCAGGAUGCUUUGUGCUGGGAAUCUGCAGGGAGGGGUGGAUGCCUGCCAAGUGAGUGUAUGCAUUAUGGUUGGUGGGUCUCUGCACAAGUAGGUGUUUCAUGAGAAAAUACUUGACAGUCUGACACUAAUUCCCAGGUCUGCUGAGAAACUUAGUGUUGUAAUUUACCUUUUAGUCAUAACCACAAAAAUGUCAGGUUACCAUGGACUUUGUUGGUCUUGUCUUUAACUUAACAAAAUAAGAAAAGAUUAAUUUGUCUUGACUGUGAAGUGUUACUGAAGGCAUUUUGAAAAAGUUAAAACGGUUUCUGACAUUAAAAAUCAAAACAAUUAUUGAGUAAUUUAAAAAAUGAGACUCCUUGAAUAUAAAAAAAUAAUAGAUCAACUAAGUAAAAUGGAAGGAAUAAAUCAACAAAAUAACAGGUGAAUAAGUUUCGCUUGGGUAUAGACCCGCAUACAAUGACUAAACUUACACUGUCCCUCAUUGAAGGACAUCACACAGUCUCGUCAAUAAUUGCCCAGCUAGUAAAAUACAUGUAGACUUCAAACAAUUUAAGUAACUGGGAAAUUUAUACAAUAAAAUACAGCUCAACUACAACUGAAGAAGCUAAAGCUAAGCCUCAGUUGCUAAUGGCCUCAGAAAACUAGUAUUAAACAGCCAGUAUGAUAGUUAGCUCGUUUAUAAGUAAUUGAUGAAUUAAAAGACUCCUAUGGUGAAAAAUUACAGCUAUGAAUUCCCCGAUUAAACUAUCAGCCAGAAUGUGUUUAACUCAGAUCAGAUAAUAUGUGGUAAAAAGUGUUAUUAUCUAACUGUUAGAGUCAAACUGUGAAGACUUUUUGUUGCAGAAUACCAAAAAUGCCAAGAAGUUGAGACCAUAUCUUCUCUUUCUCUCUUUUGAUUUUUCCUUUAGCACACUCUAUAAAUGACUGAAAAAAAUACAACUUCUAUCAACAUAUGCCAAAAAUCCAAAGCUGUUGAUUAAGUAUACACAAUAGCCGAGGUGUGUUUUUAUUCCCCUCGUGGGUUUUCUAUUUGAAUGUUUUUAGACCUAAAGUUAUGUCACUGUGCGUGUUUAUAUCCUCAGGGUGACUCUGGAGGUCCAUUGGUUUGUCUGGAGCGAGGCAGGCGGUGGUUCCUGGCUGGGAUUGUGAGCUGGGGUGAAGGCUGUGCAAGGCUGAACCGCCCAGGUGUCUAUACACAGGUAGUCAAAUUUACAGACUGGAUUCAUCUGCAGACUAAAGGACAGGUGUGA